AGCAAAUGCAAGAUGAAGCUUGGUUGCUUGUUACGACACAAGCAAGUGUUGAAAUGGGAAGAAACAAAAACAAGAAAAGAAGGGAAAAGUAAAAGAACCAGGAGAUAGAAAGAAACGGAACCUGAGCAGCAUCCUUGUCUGAAUCUCGUCUUGCUUUCUUUACAUCUUUCCACGGCAAUGGCCGCACCUGCGUCUGACGUCGACGCGGUAUACAUUGCAGCCGGCGCCAAUAGACACAGCGCCGUCGCCGAUUGGGGCUGGGAUGGCACUGUUGCCUAUGGCGCCGAUGCAAACAUAGCACUUUGGAGACCAAGGGAUGAUAGACCUGGAGGCGUCACAAGGCUUUUGAGUGGGCACACGGGUGUCGUAAAGGCCGUCAAAUUCCUACCGGCGCUGUCGCAGGGAGGUGAUGACGACAAACCUUCAUCCUCAUACCUGGUCAGUGGCUCGGAUGACCAGAGCUUGAUAUUGUGGGAGCUCAAGGCAGACGGCAGCGCAUCAGUCAAGCAGACAGUCAACGAGCAUACGGCGCCAGUUCAUUGCAUAGCCGUCCUCGCCAGCAGCGCGGAGAAAUCUAGUGAGGGGCGAGCCACGACAAUUCUGGCGUCUGGUGGAGCGGAUGCCACCAUCAGGAUAUGGCGUUGCUUCGGGCCAGACGGCGAGCUCAGCCUGCUGCAGACGAUUGCAACGAAGCCCAAGUACUUCCCCCUAGCACUAUCCCUCAGCUGCUUGAGCCAGCAAGGCAAUGCGUUUAUUCUGGCCUCGGCCGGGACAAGGGACACCGUGCAGAUUUUCUCCGGCUCAGUGGCUGGAGACGAUUCUGCAGCCGACUUUCAGCUUGCCGCUACUCUGUCCGGUCACGAAGGUUGGAUCAGAUCUCUUGACUUUGCUUGGGAGAAUGCUGAUUCACCCGGGCAAGGCGACCUGCUCCUUGCCUCUGCGAGUCAGGACAAGUACAUCCGUCUCUGGAGGGUUCACAAGGGCAAAGAACUCCCGGCCAAGGCAGCGGCGCCCUCAGACGGGACCGCAGUAGCGGGCUCCUUUCUUCCUGGCAAGUCGCCAUCAAAUAAAGCUCACAGGUUGACCGCUGGCGGUGAAGACUACUCCGUCUCGUUCGAAGCCCUCCUCCUUGGCCAUGAUGACUGGAUAUACAGCGCCAAAUGGGGCCGUGGAUCAAACAAAACAUUGCAGCUUCUCUCCACUUCCGCCGACAACUCCCUGGCCAUAUGGGAAGCUGACCCUGAGUCUGGAAUCUGGAUCACAAGCGCCAGGUUGGGUGAGCUGAGUAAGGAAAAGGGUGCUACGACCGCUACCGGGAGCAUAGGUGGCUUCUGGACUGGGCUUUGGUCGCCGUCGGCCGAGACGGUCGUUUGCCUGGGCCGUACCGGCAGCUGGCGGCGUUGGGACUUUGAGGAUGACGGGGCAGGCGGUGUUUGGAAUCAGGCCCUGGCUGUUUCGGGACACACGAGGGCCGUAACCGGUAUCACCUGGUCCCGCGACGGCAGCUAUCUCCUGUCAACAUCUCUGGACCAGACUACGCGGCUACACGCCGAGUGGAGGACGCGAAGUUCCGCCGGUGAUGAUUCCCGGCCGACGUGGCAUGAGAUGGCUCGCCCCCAGAUCCACGGCUAUGACCUCAACUGCAUUGAUACCAUUACCUCUUCCCAGUUUGUCUCGGGUGCGGAUGAAAAGCUGAUGCGCGUCUUCAGUGCUCCCAAGACUGUCGCUCGAAUGCUCGAGCGGCUCUCUGGUAAGAACAUCAUCGGCUCCGGUCCCGGCGAAACGCAAGCUCUACCGGAUGCGGCCAACAUUCCCGUGCUUGGCCUGUCCAACAAAGCCGUUGAUGCCGUGGAUGACCAGACAGCCGAUCAGGCCGAGGCCGAGGCUGAAGCCGCAGAGGUUGAGGCUGCCAUGUCGGGGAGCAAGCCCGCGGACAACGAGAACGCAACUGUAUACCGUGCCUCGGCGCUGGAUUUUGAUCGACCGCCCUACGAGGAUAGUCUCUCACGUCACACCUUGUGGCCCGAGAUCGAGAAGCUCUACGGUCACGGGUACGAACUCUCCUGCCUGACUACCAGCCACGACGGCAAGGUGGUCGCCAGCGCAUGCAAGGCCAGCUCGAUAAACCACGCCGUCGUCAGGUUGUUCCACACCGGCCCCCGCUGGACCGAGAUAAAGCCACCCCUGACGGCGCAUUCGCUGACAGCCACGCGUCUGCGUUUCUCCCACGACGACAAGUACCUGCUGAGCGUCGGUAGGGACAGGCAGUGGGCCGUGUUCCAGAGGAGCGAUGGUGAGGAGCCUGGCUACAGCCUGCUUCAGGCUGAGCCCAAGGGUCACACGAGGAUGAUACUAGACGCCGCUUGGGCUCCGCUUACGGCGAGCCUGGCCCCGGUGUUUGCUACGGCCGGACGAGACAAAGCCGUCAAGUUGUGGUCUCUAAGCAGUGAUGACAAGCCUGCCUUCAAGUUGGCACUGAUGCUGCCCCAAAGAGCCUCGGUGACUUCGGUGGACUUCUUGCAGCGGUCCGCAAAGGACCAAGAGGCCAGCAUCGUUCUCGCAGUCGGCACCGAAGGUGGCGAUAUUACCAUAUAUGCGAUCGAUUCUAAGACUUGGUCGCUGAUUUCAGAGCAAGUGCUAGAGCAACAUCUUUGUUCCUCGAAAUCUAUACUUCAGCUUACAUGGCGGCCGGUUGGAUCUAGCCAAGACGCCGACGCCCAGCUCGCCAUCGCCUGCGAGGAUUCCUCGCUACGGAUAAUAGAGAUGAGCAGUCUGUAGCCAGAUGAAUGUGAUGCCUGAAUUUAUUUGCAGGUGACAUCGUUGUAUUAUUCUAUUAGUGUGAUAUGAUGAUCCUCUGCAGUGAACUGCUCACAGCAAGGCUGUUGUCUAUCCGAGUAUGCUCCCAUGAUUUGCACACCGUCUUUGUUCAAAAACGCCCAAAUAACGCCCACGCAGCCACACUGCUAUAAUUUGGUGUGUGCUGCAAACCGAGGAUCCCGAAGUAAAACAACUCUAAGAAAAAGUCAAA